UAUGUUUUUGUUAAAACACCAACAACAAAGUGAUUUUUAGGGGAUACAAAACAAGUUUGUCCCUCCCUGAAAGAUUUACGACAUGUAAUAAUUCGAAUUUUUAUUACUUUUUGUGUUACCAGCUUGAGCUCUGUUAGCACUUUGUCCAAUCGUAAAAUAAUGUAACGCUUGCGCUCCAACAUUUUUGGUGUCUUUGAUGGGUCUGCAGUGUAAACUUGUGGUUGACGCAUAUAAUAUGGAAUUUUAGGCAUUCCUUUGCUUUGAGGAUUAAGCAUAGUAUCGAUAAAAACUUAGUUUUAUAGGUUUAUCAAAAUGGAAUCCACCGCUAAGAAAGUGAGAAAAAGCUUAACGCUUCAAAUGAAAAUUCAGAUCUUGGAUUGCCUCGCCGCCGGGGAAAAAAUCUCGCAAGUGGGUCGGAAAUUUGGCAUUGCCCAUACAACCAUCAUAACCAUUAGGAAGAAGGAGGCCAGCAUAAGGCAGGCCGUUAUGCGUGGAAUGAGCGGCUGUCGGACGUCUUACGUGAGGGAUCCUUUAAUUGAGGGCAUGGAAAAAACGUUGCUCAUCUGGAUCGAACACAAUCAACAGAGAGGCAUUCAAGUUAAUGGGGAAAUGAUUCGACAACGAGCCCUCCAGAUUCACAAUCUUCUUCAGGCUGAUGAAGAUGUGAACAGUCAGCCUAAACGGAAAUUCCAUGCAAGCUCCGGAUGGUUGGUGAAAUUUGUACAAAGGUAUUCCCUGCGAAAUGUGGGUGUUGUGGAAGUUAGCCCAUCUGUCGAUACCUCCGAUUCUUCAGUAUCGCAACCUCAACAACCACUUGAACACGUUAAAUUCAUGGAGUUGUUAGUCGACCCUGUCGCUGCCUCAAAUGGCAUCGAGAUUAAAAAGGAACACCCAAUAGAGUUCAAUCAGGACAAGCUUGAUGAACUUCUCAAAAUGUCAGGAAGAAUGAUAGAUGUUGCUUUGGAUGAAGAUCUGAACACCGAACGGGCAAUGCAAUUUCGAAGAGAUAUGAAGAGGGCAAUGGCUAGCUAUACGGAUCUCUAUGAGAAACAGUCCAAUAUGCUUUUCAACGAUUAUAACUCGGUUCACGACCAAGACGUUCUAUCAUCGUAACGAUUGACGCCACGUGUAAAGGCGAAUGUUGGGAUCCCGUAAUGUAGUUUCUUCCUCACAGAUUCAAUAUUCGUGUUUUAAAUAAAAAUAACAAAUUUUACAUAUAGAUAAUAUUUUUAAGCCUGUAUGAAUUUGUUGUCAGUGUAGUUAAUGUUAAGGUCAAAUUUAUUUUUAUCAGA